GAAGGGAACAACAGAUAGCCAUCAUCCAGAGAAGAGCUUUAAACAUCUUCGAGGAAGCCUGUAAAUCUAUUCCUGAAGAUUACUUAAAGAAAUUACAAUAAAUCUGCACUAACAGAGUUCAGACUGUGUUAAAGAACAAAAGCAAUCAUAGGAAAUAUUGUUUUUCAGUGUCAUUAGAAUACUACAAAUGUUGCCUUAUAUGCUAUAUUUCCAUUUAUAUUUCUAUGUUUCAAUAAUUCUCUGCAGCUAUUUCCCAUUUUCCUAGCACAAUAUAAAGAAAUGAGGGGUGACUCAAGACUUUUGCAGAGUACUGUAGCUUCUGCAUUUAUCAUCUGUGACUGUAAACACUUUUUUUUGAGAGGGGACAAAUCAUUCUGAUGCCGAUCCUUCUGAUGAAGGAUACGCUUGUGGACUUUUUCCUCAAGUCCAGUUUUGAUUUGGUAAUUAUGUGUGUAUUGUGUUUUCAGCCCUGACAAAUGGAGUUCUGCAGGUUCCUGCUCAGGGCUGGAAUUGCACUCAUUUCUUUUAAGUUUAUGUGAAAGCUAGCUGACUCGUGGCCAUAUUUGAUUUAUGCUGUGUAAUUUAUUUCAUAAGUAAAGGAAAAGAAACAGAUUUAUCACUGUAUUUUGAAAGCAAUGAAACAAAAUACCAUUCAGAGAAAUCUUAUAUUCUCACUUCAUCUAUUUUGUAUAUGCCAUAUUUUUCUUGUCCUUCCAAGAUUGUGGGUGUUUAUCUGAGGGAAAUACACACCUGAGUGGCAACUGUGAGAAAACCUGCAUUUCUUUUUUCUUAGCACAUUUUAAUUAUGGCUAACAUUAGCUAAUUCAUGACAUGCGCUGCCUGUCCCUCUUGGGUGUCUUUUAGCUGUUUCAUUUGCUGGUGUUGAACCAGUGUGUCUGUUAUUACAAGACCACCAAUACGUCAACCGCAUGUGAACACUGGUGGGAUUUGCCAGAUGCUUAGCUAUGAUGGAAGAUGAUCUCUUGAUAACAGCAUGUGCAAACAAGCACUGAGAUGGACUUUUGUUAUUUUUACUAUUGUUAUUAUUCUUUCUUUCCCCCUAGUAGUGUGUGAGCAUUUUAUUUGUACAUUCUGAAAACACCUGCCUAAAAGAAGAAGCCUAAUCGGAGACACUGACAAAACCCAUUUUGGACGGAAGCUAUACAACUGACAUGUGGCAGACAAGCAUUUAACUGCUCCAGAGAUAUGAAGCUGAUGAGUCAUCAUCCUGUUAAAUAACAAUUUUGCAGCAUAAAUAUGUCAAAUAUAUAAAAAUAUAAUGCUGUUUCACAUCGUUUCAGAUGAUAAGCUGUUUUUAGGGGGUGGGGGAGGGGGGCUUAUGUGAUGAUGGAGUUAAAGAGGAAAAAUAGAAGAUAUUUAGAAGAGAAGCAUGCAGCAGGAAGCUGGCGUCUGUCCAAUACCCUUGGAGUGCAACUUUGUGGCGUGAACUCCCAAAAGACCUUUUUUUGUUCUCAGAAGAUGAGAGCUGGCAGAGUGUGACCGUGCACUUAAACCUGAAGCCAUCAAAAGCAGAGAGAAUAACACAUUUAAACCGCAUGAUGGCUCUGCUCUCAUCCUUCAAUAUACUUGGCUGCAAACAGGACAGGAGGUCCUCUUGGAAUACUGCACUCCUUCAAUGAGAUGCAAAGAGAUCCGUACAAAUCUGUGUCAGACAAAAUAAAUAUUUGGAAACCUGCACAUGCAGCUACGCAAACAGCACGGAUGUUGCUGAUUUUGGUCUUUUGUUGAGCGCACAGUUUGGCAUUCGCCUCAAAAGACUGUGGCUAUAUGCCAUGCAACACUGAAAAACUGCAGCCCUCGCUAUUGUGAUUAAUUUAGGAGGUGCCACACAAGGAAUAUUGAAAAAUUGAUUAAGACAAUGACAUAAAAUCGGUGCCACUUUAAUUACACUCUAGUCAGGAGACUGUAAAUGAUGCCACCGUUUUCUCUCAUUUGCAGAUCACCUGCCCGAGAGGCGGAUGCUGACAGUCGACACACAGCAACGUGAAUGUUUUUUUUUUUAUAUGUGGCAGCUAAUAAAAGCUCAGUAAAAAGGGAGUAAAAGCCUUGUAGAUAAGACAGAUUAUCAGUGUAAAAGCAAUGUGUCCUACAUCUGGUGUCCCAUAUCUUCCUCUCAGAGCAGCAGGGACAGAUAACACAGACAUGAGCCUGGCAGGUCCCCAAGAGGGAAAGGUGAACUCUAUUGUUAUGCAGACAGCUGUUUGUUCAUUUAGUGUGACAGCAAACAGGCUUGUUUAAGAUUUCUCUUUAGCUAAAGUUUAGCCUAGUUCAGUUUUAGUCUGUGUCAAGUUUGACUCGGUAAUCAACAAAACCUGAUUAAACCUGAAUAUUCUAUAUCAUCAGUUUCCAGGUGACAUUUUCCAAACCUCUUUGGAUUUCAGAAGUUUGAGCUAGUGAUUCUAAUUUUUUUUUGACCAAACAUAUCAACUCCAACACCUCAUCUUUUUCCCACAAAUUGUCUACUUCCAUGUUGCUGGUAGCACAAGUCUUUUAUAGAACAUUGUUUCCCUUUUUGUCUCAGAAUUUAGUAGGCUGCCAAAUACUUUACCUCUCUGUUUCUAUUUUCGCCCCAUCCCUUUCACUCUCUCUGUCUACCUGUCACACUGUAUAUAGCUGUGCUGGAUCAGUGAAAGCUAGAACACUAACAGCUGAGAGAGAGACACACACACACAGAGUGAGAGCUAGGGAGGGGGAACAGAAGGCAUGUGAGUGUCCUGGUAGCAUGGUAGAGUGCUGGACUUUGGCACUGGCCAUCAAUCUGUCACUUUCUUACAUCCUCUCUGGUACCGACGGGUCAUGGCAAUGGCAGCCUGUGACGGAUGACUAAUCUUCCCCUGGUAAUGAAUGAGACACCACCCCCCUGAAUGCCAAAAGAGUGCUGAUUGUGAGGGUGGCUGCCUCAUGGCAAUACAGGAGUCUUAUUAUGAAUGCUAUGCAAUCAUGUUACUCUGUGUCUGUGCCAACCAAACGCAGUAGCUCCCAGUUUAUGCGAGUAUAGUCGUGUCUCGAACACAGUGACGUGCGGUAGCGCUAUUAAUUGCGCUUCUUUCUCUCAUCUUCUGUGCUUGUGUGUGAGGGAAUUAGGCAGAGGAAGGGAGCGCGUAAAUGAAUCAGAGCAUAGUAAAAGUCACUGCACGGGCUUUAACGAUGGAGACACGUCGUGUGCAGGUGGAAAAAGGAGACGUUGCUGUUAAGGAUGAUGCAUGUGCUGUUCUGUCAGGCUGAAGGGGAGCUCUGUAGCCGCGCUAGUCAAAUCGUCUUGACUGCGUGUGUUGAGUAGCUGAGACCUGUCUUAUCUUCACCUCAUAAUGCGCAGGCGUGAUCCUAUCUGAGCCCCGCAAAAAAAAAGAAAAGAAAAAAAGCUGUUACCGUCACAAGUAGACGACGUGCUCUUCAGUGGUGCUCAAGCGAACGCUGAAUUCUUAUUAUAAUAAUUAUUUUUUUAGUAGGCUACAUGUAUAUGGCACAUCGCCUGGAACACUGCUGAAAAAUGAAGAUUUGCUUGCCAGCUAAUCUUUCCGGACAGCACAGUCCAACCUGUGGAUAGUGCCGAGCGCGUCUGUGGCCACCGGCCAGUCUCCUCCGCUAUCUGGGACGCUCUGCCUUGAGUCUGUUGUGCGCGUCUUUUUACGUUUGCAUCCCGGGGUCUGUGUCGGCGCGGGAUCCGCUGUUCUGUUUAAGCUAAGCUGUGAGCAGGUAUUCAGUUUAUGAAUGGCACUGACAUGGAGGAAAUACCGUUUCAGAAAGUCAAAACCAGGCGGAAGAGAAGUCACUGUCCACCGGGUGUCCCUUUGACCACCAUCGUAUGCGAGGACGAGUUCGACUGCAAAGAACUCGAGUCUCUCUUCCAGAACUACAACCUGAAACUGGAGCAGACGUCCACUCUCAAAGCCCUGGCCGUGCUCAUAUUCUUGUCCUCGACGCUGGCUGUGGUGGAGUUGCUGUCCGGCCCCAGCAUCACCAUCUCCAAGGGGUCCCAUCCGGUCCACUGUGUCAUCUUCGUGUCCCUGUUCAUUGUAACUAAUGUCAAGUACCUGCAAGUGACUCAGCUCCAACAAAUUGUUAACCUGACGCUGCUCUUCGGGUUUACUUUCUCCUUCCUUUGCUGUCCCUUCUCCCUGGGCGCCAUGGGGCUAGAGCCCCCGACGUCCCCGGAGCAAGGCAUGUGGCAGCUCAUCCUGGUCACCUUCGUCGCCUAUGCGCUGCUACCUGUACGGACGCUUUUGGCUGUUGUGUUUGGAAUAAUGGUGUCCAUCUCGCAUUUGAUUGUGACUGCCACUUCCGUCACAGUGAAAACACAAAAACUAUGGAGAACAUUGGUUGCCAACACAGUACUGUUCACCAGUGUCAACCUGUCAGGGCUGUUUGUACGCAUCCUAACAGAACGAGCCCAGAGGAAGGCCUUCCUGCAGGCUCGCAACUGCAUCGAAGAAAGACUCCGCAUGGAGGAUGAGAACGAAAAACAGGAGCGCCUGCUAAUGAGUCUGUUGCCCAGGAAUGUAGCUAUGGAGAUGAAGGAGGAUUUCCUGAAGCCCCCAGAAAGGAUCUUUCACAAAAUCUAUAUCCAGCGUCAUGACAAUGUCAGCAUCCUGUUUGCAGAUAUUGUUGGCUUCACCAGCCUGGCCUCUCAGUGUACAGCCCAGGAACUGGUUAAACUAUUAAAUGAACUGUUUGGAAAAUUUGAUGAGCUUGCCACGGAGAACCACUGUCGCAGGAUUAAGAUCCUGGGAGAUUGUUACUACUGUGUGUCCGGACUGACACAACCCAAGACCGACCACGCCCACUGCUGUGUAGAAAUGGGUCUCGAUAUGAUUGACACCAUAACGUCAGUAGCAGAGGCCACAGAAGUCAACCUAAACAUGCGCGUGGGCUUGCAUACCGGUCGAGUGCUGUGUGGAGUGCUGGGUCUUAGGAAAUGGCAGUAUGAUGUGUGGUCAAAUGAUGUGACCCUGGCCAAUGUGAUGGAAGCUGGAGGACUACCUGGGAAAGUUCACAUUACCAGAUCUACACUCGAGUGCCUAAAUGGAGACUAUGAGGUGGAGCCUGGAAACGGCCAUGAAAGGAGCGCCUUCCUUCAAAAACAUGAAAUCGAAACCUUCUUUAUAGUGCCAUCUCACCGACGGAAGAUAUUCCCAGGAUUGAUUCUUUCGGAUAUAAAGCCCGCCAAAAAGAUGAAGUUCAAAACUGUGUGCUACUUACUAGUGCAGCUUAUGCACUGCAGGAAGAUGUUCAAGGCUGAGAUUCCCUUCUCCAAUGUCAUGAACUGCGAGGACGGUGAUAAGCGGAGGGCCAUGCGAACGGCUCCACAGAAAAUGAGGAACCGCUCCAACGCUAACCAGGCUAAUGUGAUCCAGAGCAGCCCCAGAACACGGGUCAACCGCUACAUCGGUCGGCUGAUUGAGGCCCGUCAGACCGAGUCUGACACGGCAGACCUCAACUUCCUCACGCUCAUGUAUAAAUGCUCUGAGCGUGAGCAGAGGUACCACCAGGUGCCUGAUGAGUACUUCACCAGCGCAGUGGUCCUCUCCCUGAUCCUAGCUGCCUUGUUUGGCCUUGUCUAUCUUCUCAUCAUACCACAGGGCACAGUGGUGCUAGUUCUUCUCGUCUUCUGCAUCUGUUUCCUUGUAGCUUGUAUCAUGUACCUCCAUAUCACUAGAAUACAGUGUUUUCCAGGGUGCCUGACCAUUCAGAUUCGCACUGCUCUCUGUAUUCUCAUAGUGCUCUUAAUCUACGCUGUGGCCCAGGCCUGUGUGGUGGGCUGCAUGCCCUGGCUGUGGGGUAGUGCCAAUACAAACAGUUCCAUCAUCAUCAUUGAUGUGGAUAGCGGCGCCAACCACACCAUGGCAGAGCUUCCUUGUGAUGGCGCCCGCUACGCCUUUCUCUCAUGUGUGGUGGGCACACUUACCCUGGCGCUUUUCUUGCGUGUCUCCUGGAUGCCAAAGAUGGCGCUAAUGCUUCUUCUGGGUGUGCUGUAUCUCACCGUGUUGGAGCUCAGCGGCUUUCGCAAGACUGCAGGUGGGGGGUCCUUCCACAUCCGGGGCUAUGAGCCCAUCCUGACUCUGUUGCUCUUUGUCAGUGCCCUUGCCCUCCACUCCAGGCAACUUGACCUCAAACUACGUCUGGACUUCCUAUGGGCUGUGCAGGCGGAGGAGGAAAGAGAUGGAAUGGAGAAAGUAAAGCUGGACAACAGGAGGAUCCUCUUCAAUCUGCUGCCUGCACACGUGGCUCAACACUUCUUAAUGUCAAACCCAAGAAACAUGGUGAGCCACGAUAAUAGACAGGCAGGCAGGCAGACAGACAAACAGGAUCUGUACUAUCAGUCCUACGCACAAGUCGGCGUCCUAUUUGCCUCAAUCCCGAACUUCAACGAUUUCUACAUCGAGCUGGAUGGCAACAACAUGGGAGUGGAAUGCUUGAGGCUGCUGAACGAGAUCAUUGCUGACUUUGACGAGCUCAUGGAUAAGGAGUGCUACAAGGACAUAGAGAAAAUCAAAACCAUUGGCAGCACAUACAUGGCAGCUGUGGGACUCGUCCCCACCAUUGGGACCAAGAACAAGAAAUCUGUGUACGACCAUCUGAGCACGAUAGCAGACUACGCCAUUGAAAUGUUUGAUGUUUUGGAUGAAAUCAAUUAUCAGUCAUACAACGAGUUUGUCCUGAGAGUCGGAAUCAAUGUGGGUCCAGUGGUUGCAGGGGUGAUUGGAGCACGGCGACCUCAGUACGAUAUCUGGGGUAACACGGUCAAUGUGGCCAGUCGAAUGGACAGCACUGGAGUACCUGGGAAAAUACAGGUGACUGAGGAGGUGUAUCGGCUACUGAAUACCAACUAUGACCUGGUUUGCCGCGGCAAGGUCAGUGUUAAAGGCAAAGGUGAGAUGCUGACCUACUUCCUGGAAGGGAAGGUUCAGGGAGUGGGCACUGCAACCACUUCUUCGGUGAUGCGUUCCGCCAGCCUGGCGCGUCGGAUCCACUCCUGUGGAAAGACGAGCGUCCCGACCAAUCUGGGCAGCGUCUCCUCUGCUGCCAGCCUCACUGCUCAUCCCGGCAUGGGUAGCAACAUGCAGAUGAACACUGCCAACAGCAGCAGCAACAGCCAAGCCGCAUGCCUACCCUCAUCCUGUGUGCCCGCAGUGGGUAAGGUUGAUGAAGAGAGGGAUGUAGAGGUGACAGAGAUUGAAAUUGAGACGGUGGCAGCUGCUGCAGAUGUGUCAGUGUAGGAAGAAAGAAAAUAUAUUCAUCUUAAAUAAAGCAAGAAAACCUGGUUGGAGGACUAGAAGCGUCUAGUCUGUACUGGCACAACCCAGGAUACACCCAUUCAGGAUGUGAACUUCCAGAAAUAUGAAGUCAUUGUAUGGAUAAUCAUACUUGCUUUAGGGAUUUUUAACUGCUUGCCACUUUUCAGAGACAAAAUGCAGAGUGCAGAGACGGGUACCCGGAAUCUCAAAUCCUCUUUUAACAUCUCUGUAACAGAUGAUUAGAUGUGUGGUUUUGUUGGGUUCCAUCAGAUCCAGGUAUAAUGAGCAUAUUUAUUUUUUACUAUGUUGUACAUAUUCCGUGUUCGGGGGAUAUGUGCGUUGAUAUCCAGAAAAAGACUAAUCAUGCUAUUGCUUUUGCACUGUCUUUCUUAUUAUGCCAAGGAUUCAUUGCGUUAUUUAGCGUAAAAUGGUGUUGUUUCUUUUUGGUGUAUGUAAGCAUGCAGGUGUGUACUUGUGAGUGUGCGUAUGCAUGUGUGGUCAAUUCUGAAUUGUAACAAAACAGCACAAAACAGUCUCUUUUCUUUUUCUUUUUUUUUACUUGGAGCUCACUGGAUGAAAUAUGCUUUUUAUGAUACAUAUUUACAGUUAAUAGUGCAUGACUUUUUAAAAGUUGACAGCCAUAGUAAUGAUACUCCUGUUGAAAGGAAACCAAAGUACCGAGCUUUCCAUAGAUCACAAGUCGCGAUACUUAUAUUGCCUCAACAGAGAUGAGAGAGAAAGUUGCAGUAGACUGCCAUGCUUACCACAUGCUCGAUCACUGGUAGAAGACAAAGGUGUGUUUUUGAACCCUGGAAAGACAAAAUCAGUUUUCCUUAAUACAUGACAUUCUUUUGUAUUGUUGUGCAAUAUGGCAUGUACACAUAAUACACAGAUAGGGGCAGCUUUGUUGAUGAGGAGGCAAAAAGAUAAUACGAGGAAAGGACAAAGGUACACAAAUCUAAACAGAAGUCAUACUGAGUUGGAUUUGUGCUUCUAUGGAUGCUAGUAUGCCAAAAUGGGACCAGCGAUGGAGUAUUGUAGAACAUCACACAGAGGACCAAUGCAUCCUUACAUACAGAUAUCUAAAGGAGUUAAGAAUGGCAUUCAUCCACACGGAAGAGAGCGUAUACUGUAAGCACAUGACUUCCACAGAUGCAUGACUAACUCCUUUAAUUCAAUUCAAUUCAAUUCAACUUUAGCCUAAACAUUUCAAAUGCUGUAUGUACUUUCAAACAUUUCCUUGAGGCCACAGAAGAUUUCCUGCAGUGUCUCGCUGCUGUCAUCUUUCAGGCAUACACAUUACUGUACUAUUGCUUUUUGUUAUCUAGCAGCUACACUUUUGAGUUUCUUCAAGAAAUAUUAGCUUUAGCACAUCUCUCAGAUACACUGUCAGAAACAUGAUGCGCUUCAGAUUAUCUUUAUAGCCUGUAUCUUUAUCAGCACAUAGAACUUUCACUCGAUCUGCAAAGUGUAAAUACAUCACGAUUCAAGUUCUUGCCUUACUCAAUAAGCUUACAGUGAUUGCAACUUGCCUUUUUAGAUAUAUUCACUUUGAUAUGCAGAUCAUACUUUUUGUAAAUAGUCAAAAGUUGUAAACUAUGUUGUAUCUUGUACAGUGUAAAGUUGGGUUAUUGAAUAUUUUGUAAUAAAGACAAUAUUGGUGUAUAAAAUAUCAUCAGUAUGGCUAUGAUAAAGAAA